CAGCCCAAAUAAAUCUCCAUAUUUGAAAUCCGAAGCCCCCAAUUUCAAUCCCUAAAAUAGCCAUAGUCGAUAGAGGUCGCCGGAAAACAAUUCGCAUGUAACUUGAAAGAUAACCGAAAUCGGCCUGGAGAAUUCGGCACAAAUUCACCACCUAGAAAGAGAAAGACAUGGCGGAGGGCGGAGGAGAGGGGAAGAAGAGGGUAGUGGUGGAGUCGUUGGGAUGGCUGACGGAAUCCUCCAUCAUGCCGAGGAAACAUCGAGUCAUCCACGGUGUUGGGCCGUCAUCAAUACUCGAUCUCAAGGCUCAGCUCUACAAGUCCCAGGAGGACUCCAAACGCCUCUCCAAGGAAACAAUCUCCGGCGCCGACCCAAAAUAUUCCCACCUUCAAGUCCACCGCGCCAGGGAUAAAAUUUCCGCCCACGACCCCUUCUCUGGAAAGAAUUCUGGUGUCGAUGCUCGAUCUACCAAGGACAAGCUUGAACUGAAAGCUGCCAGUGACGGGACAAAUAGCUAUGCUGCUUUGGAGAAAAAGGCUGAGUUAUAUGAGAAGCUAGUGAGAGGAGAACUUUCUGAUGAAGAAGAUAAAGAGAAGUAUUGUGUUGAUUUCUUACGGAAAGGCAUAGCCCUCGAAGAAGCGUCAAAACUGCCUCCACGGCUGCAUCACACUUCUAGUUCAGAACCACCAGAUGAAAAAGAUGAAGACUUUUUGCUGACUAAUGAUGUAAAAGCUCCGGGACUUGGGCGUGUGUCAGGCGCAAUAGACCGAAGUGAGCAUAAGCGGUUUGUAAUGGAAGUUCAUGAAGAAGCGAGUGAAGCCAGGCAAAAAGCAUCUGAACUGAAAAUGCGUAGGGAAGAACAAAUUGCUGCGCGUAGGGAGAAACUGAAGCAGGCUUAUCUCAAGAAACAGUGCGAGAAGUUGAUCGCCCAAGUAAAAGCAUCACAAUCACAAUAACAUUAAUAUUAACCGUGAUAAAGUUAAAGAUGGGCAAAUGUCGUGAAGGCUUAAAUCGCUAUCCCUUAGAAAAUCAAAAGGGUAAGAACCUGAGAAGUUAUGGCCUCUUGUGAAACUUUGCUUUGGCAGAUAUGGUCUUCUAUCAAGCGUGGUCUUAAUAUCAUCAAACUUUGCUUUGAUGUUAUUACAGAUCUCUUUCAAUCACAUCUUAGAUGGUGAGAACUGCUGAUGGCCAAAUAUCAGACUACUGUAAAUUGAAUGUACCUUUGAUGAGGAUACUCACACCCACCUCUUGCAUCCUAGAGUUUGACCUUGAAGAGUUGAGAGCAUAAUAGUCUUUUGAAUGUCCAGAUAUCUAUCAGUGGACCAUAUUGGUCUUGAGUUGUCAAAUUUCAGAGGAUCUACUUCAGUAUGUUGUGCAAAACACAAACAUAAGGCUUAGUUUGGCAUAUGAAAUGUAAUGUGAUCAAACUAAUUUGUAUCGUAAGUUUGUACUUUGUACCACCAAUAUACUAUCGUAUUUGAUUACAUCACAUCUAGUCCAGUCUACCACUGGUUCUGAAGCGAUUUUAAAGAUAUUUUACGCUGGUAAAAAUGUUAAAGUUACUGAGCUAUUGUAUUAUCCCCC